UGGUAUUACUGGUUGUAAAUCGCAUCCGUUUCUCAUGCACAAACAAAUCAAAUUUAAAUUUCAAGUGUAACAUGUAGGACGUCUGGUGGAAGUAUACACUGUUUAGCGUAAUUGAUAUAUUCCGUUUGGUAAUCAAAUCAACAUUUUAAGUAAAGUAUGGAAGUACACUUAGACCCGAAGGAAGUCUUGGCUCACCUCAACGAAAUGGGAUAUAGAAACAUUACACCGGAGCAGUUACGGGAUUUCGUUCGAGAUUUGAAAAAACUCAUCAAAUAUGAUGUUCAGCAUUGUAAAUGUGAAAAUUGGCAUAGUGGACUCUGCACAACCUGUAGCAGUAGAUCUGCCACACCAAAUGAAAGGCCUCCACUCUCAUCAGUGAACGGAACACAGCACCAGCCAAGAGGCGACAAACUGUCGGAUGACAAAAAGCCUACCAAGACAGAUGCAUCAUGCAGAGAAUACACAGUUACAGCUGAAAUAAAAACUGGUUACCCAAAAAGCAAUAAAUUGAAGAAACCAGACAAUGUAAAGUUUGAAAAGGAAAAUAAAAUUGAAAUAGUAGAAUACACAAAACCAGCACCAUCUUUCAUCAAACCAUGGCAACUUCAACGGGGUUCGAUGCCAUCACGCAGUGAUCCUGUCUCCCUCUACCACAAGUACCAGACAUAUUGGCGCCAACAGAAAGUUCCUGGAGAGGAUAGUCGUGCUGAGUUACGUUGGAGAGUACGUGAAAAAAUGAUAGGACAGGAUCCACAUCCUCGGAAAAAUACAUGGCUGUUUAAAGUGAAGAGCUGUAUUGAUGAUAACAAACAUAUUAACAAAAUAUUCUUUGAAGAAGAGUAUUACCCCAGUGCAUAGUAACAAAAAAUGUGUUCUUCAAGCUUUUUGAUCAUUUAAGAAGAUUGUUUUGAGAUUGUAUAGUGUCUCUCUUCAUCAAUGCCAGUUUCGAAAGCUUCUUCCGUGGAAUCCUUAUACCGAAGAAACAAGAGGUAAAUUUCAAACAAGCAGUUGUAAAGGUUUUCGAAUGGAUUCAUCUUUAUAGUUCCUUUUAAUGACUAUUUUUACUGUUUUUGUACAUUUGGAAGGUGUGUAAUAUAUUGAAACAAUUUGAUACUGUUAACAAAAAGUAAUUGCAUACAAACAUACCUGUACGUUAAAAGAAGAGUUUCCUAUUGUAAUUUUGUGAAAAAAGUACCUGACACUUUUUCAUUGUCACAUUUACAGUGAAAAUAUAAAUGUUAGAUCUAUCUGUAAGCUAUGUUAUGAAGUAGUUUAUUUGGAUUGACUGCAAUUGGUUCAUUCUUACUACGCUAAACAGUGUUUUUAUAUGCUUGUGUAGGUAAGGCAAAAUAUUCUUCUCUGUGUGACAUAAUCAUAAGUUUAUCAUCUUUAUCAUUUUUUAUUAAUUUUGUAAACAUGUAAAAGCCUGUAAGUUUUAACUAGUGAUUUUAGUUUAAAAUUUUAUUGUAAAUAUUGAUUUGUAAAUAUUUAGACUUACCGAGACUGUCUUUGUUUGAAAUCUUUCGGUGAAAAGAUAAUAUUAUAACUCA